AUGCCGUCCACCGCCACUUUAUCGGCCCCUACAAGUCCCACCUCCUACGACCAUCUCGAAAAACUCCUCCUCUGCGCAGAGGUAGUACAAUACGGCGAAACAGGGCAGUCAUUCAAUGUCAUCUCCAGCGCUCUCAAGGAGAAUCCAUUGCUCACUGCUUCACCAAAUUAUGAUCCUGGACGGCUAUCGGGCGAUACGUUACGGGAGAGAUGGAGGGAUCUAGUGAGGGAUGAAGGCUUUGGGGGGAAUGUUUCUGCAGAUGGUGAUGCUGGGAGUAAUACCAAUACGAAUACCACGACUGCUGCUGUUCCUACGACUCCACGGCCGAGAGGUAGUAGAGUUGCUAUGAGGAAUGGGAUGAUUACUAGCAGUGCUGCUACACCUGCUGUAAUUCCACCUCCACCACCACCGCCUUCUUCGGCUGUGAGUUCUGGGGUGAGCGUGCCGAUCGGAGAGAAGGCGGUUAGAGAUCUUACCAGACGGAUGUGGGAGAGUUAUCAGAAUAUGAUGAAGGAGCAGAUUCAGGCCGAUGAACGGUCGAUUGCUCAAUUAUUGGAUGAAAUUGGGAAUCUGGAGAAUGAAAGGGCUAGGGAGAUUGAAGAGAUGGAAGCUGAGGAGGAGGAGAGGAAGAGAGAGGCUGCAAGGGUUUUGGCAGAACGGGAGGCCACUGCUGCUAAGGAACAUGCAGCUAAGGAAGAAGCAGCUAAGGAAGCGGCUGCUAAGGAGGUCGCUUCUAGAGAAGCUGCUGCUGCUGCUAUUGCUGCGGCUGCGGCUAAAGAUGCUAAAGAGGCAGCUAUGGCCAAGGAAGCCGUUAAAGAGACGCCGAAGUCGGUAUCGCCGGUGGCUGUGGAGGUGAAGAAGUUAGAUGAACCUUUUGCGGAAGUUGCUGGCCAGCAGCAGAAGGGCCAACAUACUAUGCUACGGACCACACCGCCGUCGCCUAGUAAAGCCAGUCUGAAGAAUAUUCUGUCUGACGAACCGGCCCAGAGUGUACCGUUAGAACGACAGACUUCGUCAGACCGGGUGGGAUACGAUCCUAUCCGUGACGGUGCCCGUCCUCCUGUUGCAUCUGAGACACCACAACCACCGCAGCAGCGGUAUCCUCCUAUACAACCCACGGAACCCGUUCAGGGCGGUUAUCAGAUAUACGAAAAGCCACCGGCGUCCAUCAGACGGUUGAGUGGGUCUGGACCGCGUCCGCAACCCCCACCAGAGUUCGCGCAUCAUAUCCCCAGUGGUUCCCCAGGGCGGCCACCGCUUACUCCAACGGGUCCAAGGAUUGGAACAUUCCCUCAAUCGGCACAGAGGUCCGAUAUGGCACUUUCGCCGGUGUAUCCUAGGCAUGAGCAUGAGACGGGUUAUUCAAAUGGUCGUCAAAGUCCGAUAGGUCCUCUUAAUAUAGGCCCUAGGUCGACAGAAGAAGCUCGAACACCCCGCCCAGCUCACCUGCCACCUUCAUUCUCACCGACCACGCCUUCGUAUCCUCAACCUCAUUCAUCGCCUUCAAGACCUCACUUCGCACAACCUCUUCCUUCUAUUCACCAAUUGUCACCCCAAAGGACACCAGUUCAACCACCAGGCUACCCCGCCCCUAUGCAGCGACUACCAUCGUCUGAGUAUCUUCCCCAUCAUUCACCAGGUUCAGAACAUCAGCCGUUACAUUCGCCUAUGGGGUAUAAUAAUAAUGUCCCUCAUAGCCCGUUUGGACUGCCGCACCCUUCUCAAUCUCCCCGAACACCGGGAUUUCCACAGUCUAUGCCACCACCUCAAUAUAGUCCUACACACUCACAUUACCAAAACCAAUAUCCCCAUGCGCAGCAAUCUCCUACGCAAGCGGGGUUUACACCUUUACAACCCGCGUUUUCACCACAGCAGAGAGAGUACCCUCCCGUUACCCCUGCUGCUCCUACUGAAGAUAAUAGGUUACCGCCAAUUAAUACACCGGCGCAAUUACCACCUCUUCAGUUUGUUACUCCAAAACAAAGCGAGCAGUCUGGACGCCCACCGUCGCCUAUCCGGCCACGGCCUGAGGAAAUUUCACCCGUAUUGGCGCCGGAUGAUGCGUCUGCAGGUGUUCCUGACUUUCCUUUGGAUAAAGGGAAAAGGAAGAAGGGCACAAAGGGGAAGAGUUCUAAAGUUGAAGCCCCAGAUGAGGACGAGGAGGCUACGAAAACUGCAAGGAGGGAAAGGAAUGAGUCUGUGGAAGUUAGUGAGGAGAAGCCCACAAAGGCCUCGAAAGGGAAGACUAGUAGAGCAGUUAGUAAAUCUCGUGGAACAGCUGCGUCUACAAGACCCCGCCGCGGUCAGAGCGUCGGUAGCGUUGGUAGCCGGACCGCUGAUCCUGACGAUAUGGAUGUGGACGAACCGACCACGAAGAAGGAAGAAUCCGUGGCGCCAGAGCCUAUUGGAUCCAAAUCGACGACGAAGAAAACCCUAGAAAAGAAGAAGAUGGAAAUAACAACCACAGAAGACGAAAGCGAAGCAGCGGUUACUGUCACGUCUAAAUCUACAAAACGUGGUACUAGAAGGAAUCACCAUCAUCACCAGCUUUCUGCAUCUACCGAACCGGAAUUUACGGAUCACCAUCAUGUUGUUGAAACCCCGCGUGAUGAUGCUGCCACUACGCCCGCUGCUGAUCCUGCGACACCUCGACCUUCCUUCCAUCUUGAUAUGUCGGUUAAUGCGACGCCAACGUCGAGUACCUCAGCGGUCAAGAAGUUUGCGCAAAGAGCCAAUCCCUUGUUGAAUAAUGUUUCGGCGCAUCGGUAUGCGAAUCUAUUUAUGAAACCGGUCGACGAACGGUUGGCACCGGGGUAUAGUCGGAUUGUUUAUAAGCCACAGGAUAUUAAAAGCAUUAGAGCAUUAAUCAAAGCUGGAGCAGCCCAAAACCCAGCGGGGACGCCGACAUUAACGCCGACUCCCACAGCCGACGGCCCCUCAAUGUCAUUCGGAACAACUCCAUCAACACCAACCACAUCAGUAGCUAACGCACCAAUGAACUCAAAGGGCGCCAUUACCAAUUCUUCGCAGCUAGAGAAGGAAAUAUGGAGAAUGUUCGCCAAUGCGGUGAUGUAUAAUAAAAGCAACAGUCAAGUUGCGCAAGAAGCGAGAGAGAUGGCGAGAGAUAUUGGAAUUGCUAUUGAUAAUUUUAGAAGUGCGGAGAGGAUUGGAGAGCGGAAAGCUGCUGAAGCUGCGAAAGAGAAGGAGAAGGAGAAGGAGAAGGAGAGGAGGGGUAGAGGUAGAAGGGGUAGUUUGAUCAAAAGUGAGGUUUUCGGGGAGGAUGAAAGUGAGAGGGGGGAUGCGGACGAAGAGGAUGAAGGGGAGAUUGAAGUACGGAGCAAAGGGAAGAAAACGAGGAAGGUAGUGAGGGGAAAGAAGGGGAAGCAGGAUAAAGAUGGCGAUGUGGAAAUGGAAGAUAAAGCUGAUGACGAGGAAGAGGAAGAGGAUGACGAGGAGGAAGAGGAAAGUGAUAAAUCAGCAGAUGAAGAAAGUGAAGGGGAAGAAGGGGAAGAGGGGAGUGGUGACGAGGAAGAUCAGGAAGAAGAGGAGGAGGAAGAGGAAGAGCGGAAGCCCAUAAAGAAGGGCAAGACUACCGUUCCUAAAACCAAACCUAAGACUACCAGGGCAGCAGCGGCAACAGCAAAAGGGCGAGGAAGGAAAGGGAGCGUUCAAGAGGAAGUUGUUGAGGACGAGCCGAAGGGGAGGGGCAGAGGGGCGGGUAGAACGAGAGCCGCGAAACGCUGA